CGCGCCUGCGCCGGGAGCGAGAGCGGCCGCUUCCUGCGCGGUGCCUGGAGCUGCGCGGUGCCGGCAUGGCGGGAGGGUUCCUCAUGGAGAUCAGGCGGGGGACGCAGAGCGCGUUGCUGGUUAUCCGCGCGUCGGCGGAGGAUCCAGGCACGCCGGUGGAGGUGUCGGUGUCAGCGGAUUCCCUGGAAGUGCGGAGCAGCGGGAGCUGCGCCCCGGCAGCGCUGCCGGCAGGGGUCAGGCUGGCGCCGUCCUCGUGCCGCGGGCUCCGCCGCCUCCCCGGGGACGGACUGCACCUGCGCAUGCGCCUGCGCCGCCCUCCGCCCCCUGCCGAUCUGGCUUUUACUUUGAGGGAAAGCCUGAAACCCCACAAGAAAUACGUCUUUUACUGUCAGUCCUGUGGUGACAUCAUAGUAAAAGACCGGAAAUUUCUUAGAGUUCUUCCUCUACCGAGUGAAAACUGGAAUGAUUUAGUUGAAGAGUGGUGUUGUCACCCUAACCCCUUUGCCAGAAGCGCUUUGCACCCUCAGCAUGAUGACUGUUUUCUUGGAGACACUUUUUUUAUGUUGAAUUCAGGAAAUGAAUCACAUGUGCCUGAAUCUCUCAUGUGCUGCUCAGAGACUGGACACCAUGCUUCGCAGAGUGGCUUCAACUUGAAAUCAAAGGAAAAUACCAGAGUAAUUUGUAAGCGCUGCAAGAAAAUGCUGGGAGAAACAAUAUCGUCAGAUACCAUUAAAUAUUAUGUCACCGAGGUGAUUAUUCAACCAUCUGAGGGAAGUUUCAGCCCAAUACCAAGGUCUCAAUUUGUGCAGAGCAUGGUUGCUCAGUGUCUUUUGGAAUUAUCCUCUGCUAAAAGCACAUUUAGAUUCACUGUAAAAGGGGAUAAUGGAAAAACCUAUAUUCUGAUAUGGCUUUUAAAUUCUGACACAUUGCUGGUGGAGUCUUUAGGAAGUUCCUCCUCUCUCAGUGUUCUUACACUGUUUGGAGAUAUUUUCAUGCCUAGCUCUGGACCAGUGGGGACCUGGAAUGCUGUCAAAGUCCUUUACCAACCAUGCAUUAAAUGCAGAAAUAAGGAGUGGAGCUUUCUGUGCAUCAGUUUCUGCCCACUGCCGCUUGUCCUAUUGCUUGUACUACUGAGAAGAGCCUGGAUCCAUCCUCUUGGCAUCCUCCCUUCAGAUACUUGGAGACAUUGAUAAAGUCCCCUGUAAAUCGUCUCUUCUUGAGGCUGAACAGGCCCCUCUCUCUCAGCCUUUCCUCAUAAGAGAGAUGCUUCAGUCCCCUCAUCAUCUUCAUGUUGGACCCACUCCAGGAGCUCCCUGUCUCUCUUGUACUGAAGAGUCCAGAGAUGGACACAGUACUCAAGAUGUGGCCUCACCAGGGCUGAGUAGAGGGGCAGGAUCACCUCCCUUGACCUACUGACAAUGCUUUUCCUAAUGCACCCCAGGAUUCCAUUGUCCUUCUUGGCCACAAGGACAGAGAGCUGGCUCAUGGACAGCUUGCUGUCCACCAGGACCCCCAGGUCCUUCUCUGCACAGCUUCUUCCCAGCAGGGCAGCCCCCCGUACUGGUGCCUGGGUUUAUUCCUCCCCAAGUGCAGGACCCUGCAUUUGACUUUGUUGAAUUUCAAAAGGUUCUUCUCUGCCCAUCUCUCCAACCUGUCGAGGUCCCAGCACUCUGGUGUAUCAGCCACUCUUCCCAGCUUUGUGUCAUCAGCAAACUUGCUGGGAUAAAAUUGCUGCAGAAUUUUAGAACCUCAUUCAAGUAAUUGCCAAAGGCAGGACUAUUAGAUCUACUCACAAGUGAGCUGUUGGAUUGACCAUCCUUGUUUUCCUUCUGUGUAUGGUUACGAGUAUUAAAGUUCAUUUACAUUCUUCCCAGAGUGUGUGCAUUACUGUAAUACCUGUUAAGCCUUCAUAGGGUCUUGUUGAGGACUGCAAGCAUGUAUGUCAACUGGAUGUCCAUGACUCCAAAGCUGCAGGUGCAGCUUCUCAGCUGGUACUAAUGUGCAGUUCCAUAGUAUCAGUAGCAGAACUACUGAUUAGAAGUUGAGUUUUAAGCUAAGCACAAUUUUUCUUUCCCCUGUAGACACUGACUUUUCUGAACCCUCCAAAACCGUUUUAUUUCAGUAUGGAUGUGUUGUUGAGGUAGUUGCACUGUUGUAUGAACUUGUUUUUCCUUGUUGACUGACUUCCCAGCUGUGUCUCUCUGAAAGCAAUAUGGUUGAACAAGAUAUCCUAUUUCUUCAUUUUUGUCCAAAGUUGAUAUCUUAGGAUGGAAACAAUUGUAUGGCCCACAGAGAACACUGAUGAAGCAUUUCUUAGGUACUUUUUACACUGAAUUUUUUUCCAGGUUCAAAACUUCCUCCAGAAGUUGGUGGGUAUUUUUUAAAGAAUCCAGCAUAGUUUUGGCCAAAUAGAAUUAAUGCUGGUAAUGCAAAGAAUCAUCUUCUAGAAAAGGCAAUUAAAAGGUCUCUAAGAGAAGUCAUCAGAUAUUUAAUGAUUUAGCAUAUUUUGAAUCUAAUAUCAUUACCAAAUAUGAGCCUUACUAAAAAAUUUGUCAAUAUUCUCUGCUUCUUGUUUUCAGCUUUAUGAGUUUUACUGCUGCAAACUACUGUUCAGCUGAUGCAGAAAUGGCUGCAUGUCAUUAAUGUUAUUAAGGCCUCUAAUUUUUAAGCAUAUCAACUCUUGUCUAGGUUGAGUUAUGUUAUUGAAUACUGUAUUUUGGUUUCUGAAACUGAUGAAACUCUCACUGGGUGUUGCAAGAAGAAAUCAGUAACUGAUAAGCUGUUAUUUGCCCUCCAACAUAGCGAUUCUGCAGACACUUAUAGAUAGCACCUCUGCAUCUCUCCUUUACACAAGGGACCAUUUAAUUUAACACAGGUGAAUUUCUUGUUUCAUCAGCUAUGUGUGAUGCAAAUCUAACUCAGCAAAUUUUUUCAAGAAUAUAGUGUAGUAGUGGGUACUAGAUAACUGUAAUGUUCAUUGAUUACUUUCAGUAGAAAUUUGAAAGAACAUACACCUCUAUAGUUUAUCAUGAAAAAGUUUAUCACGAAAAAGCUUAGACUGGACCUUCAAAACUUCCUAACAUCAGAGCAGUGAGAUUCCUGCAGAGCCUUCUAGUAGGAAUAAUGGUGUCAAGAAACAGAAUUGCUUUUAAGGUGAAGCACGCUAAAGCUGGGAGAAAGGAAUGCUUCAGCACAAUGCCUGUUCUUGCAAGGAGGUGAGCCUUUGGGCUGGGAGAUGCCUUCUAGUUUUGUUUUCCAGCUCUGUCACUGACCUGCCAGAAGACUUUAAAGUUCACCUUCACCAUAUCUCUCUUGCUCUCUGGAAGCUCUUAGGACUGACAUCUUUGCAUAUAAAACCUCACUGGUACCACGGUCUUGGUUGGACUGUUAUUCAACAAUUUAUCAAUUAUCAAGUGUGGUGUUAUUUUUUUACCUAUGGUGUGUUCUCCUACAUCUGAAGUCCAUUCUAAUUAACUUAUAUGGAAAAGAUUUAUAGUACUUUAUCUGCAGGUGUCUUACUUUCAGCUGUUGCAUCUCCACUUUGAAUAAGGUCAUCUACUCAAAGGCUUCUCUUCUCAUUGAGCUGGUGUCUGUGACUCAGUCUUUCCAUUCCUACUUUACUUCUUUUCAUCAAAGCUGUGUAGUAGUCUGUCUGUAACAUCAACUCCUGCAUCAGCAUUGACUUGGUUUAAACCUAGAUUUAGUCUUCCUUCUAAAUCCCCUUUCUCUUCCUUUUUCUUCUGCUCUUGCUUGUGUCCAGAACUCAGCUGCCAGGUUGUAUGUCUCCCUUUCCUGUUUCUCACACUUCUAAGCUCAGACUAGCUUUCCCUUUUUCUUGAUCCAUAAAAUUUUAAGAAAGCUCAUAAAAUUAAAUUAAAGAGCCAAAAUAAUCUGCUUUCACUGAUCGGCCUUUGUCUAGGUAUGUGUGUGUGUGCAGUGCAGCCCCAACAGUGCUGUCUCAGAAGGGUGGCGUGUGGCUUGUGUAAUUCCUCAGCUCUGCUUCGUGUCUGCGGUAGGACAGCAGGACAGCUCUGCAGAAGUUCUGCAUAGGGCUUCAUCAGCAUCAGUGUGGAUCAUACAGGCACUCUUAAAUCUCUGCCAUAACAGAAGCAGAAAGCUUCAGAAUAGUUGAAAGGGGAAACUUGGGAAUUAGCUCUGAGGAGAGGACGUGUUAAAACUGGGGACAGUUUUGUGAAGGGUGGAGCGGUUAUUUAUGGAAGGGUAUUUCCCUGCACAGAGGACGACUGACAGACAUGUGAGGACAUAGUGGCAGGGGAUAGGGAAAAGGGGCUAGUGGAAAGUUCAUCUUUCCAGACUGACAAUCAGUCUGCUGUGAGUUUCCGAAGUGAGCUGUGGGAUGUAGUAAAAUCUGUAAAAAAUGUUUCUGUAGCAGUUUAUGAUUUUGAAUUAAUUUGAAUUUUAUUUUUAGGAGAGGAAGCUGUGUUCGUGGCUGCUGGUUUCAUUUAUUUGGGAUUUAAUUGCUCGUUAAAUUUGACUUAUAGCCACAUCAGAUACUUUAACGUCAAUGUUGUGUUAAUACCUGCAUAGAGUGAGCUUCUGUACAAUUUUUGCCAGAGGUACAAUUUUUUAUGAAAGGGAAAAUGAUGAUAAAAAUAAACUCUUCCAUUAAAAUUGUGGUUUCAAUGUGAAAGAGAAAAUAUGAUGUGAAAUUCUAACUUUAGUCAUUUUGUUUGGCAAAGGUUUGGAUUAAAUGAGUAGAAAUAAUAAAUUUUGCUGUCAGCGAAUUCAGGAUCAACCAA